AUAUCAUUAGCCGCACCACAGCUGCAGAGACACAACCGAUUGGAUCCGUUUUGGGGACCGAAUCGGAUGGACACGAGUCCGGCGGACGCGAGAAGCGGUCGGCCGUCGCUGUCAUGCGAUAUGCAGUCAACGAUCGUUAAUAACGGCUUAAUUGGCGCCAAUCAUAACAAUGCCAUUAAAUUAGUGAAAGCCAUCUAUCAGUUUAAGGCCAAUAAUAAUGACGAAUUGUGUUUCGACAAAGACGAUAUAAUAACGCUAACCCAGUGGCCAUCGGGCGGCUGGUGGGAGGGCACCCUCAACGGCAUCACCGGUUGGUUUCCAUCCAAUUACUGCCAACCGUUGACCGCAUCCGACGCCGAACUCAAAGACACGGACGGCCUCUCUCUUGGCUUGAAUAAUGUGUCUAAUAGUCACGACACAGACGCCCAACAGUACAGACAAAUGGUGUUUCAAGACAUUGAAGACACGGAGUCGGCGUAUGUCAGGGAUAUGAUGGACACGAUUAACAGAUACCUAAAGCCUAUACAACACUCACAGAUUUUGCCAGACAAUGAAAUCAAUUCAAUCAUACGUAUCGUACAAGAGAUCUGUUCAGUUCACCGACGCUUUCUGGUCACACUUAACGGCCUUAAUUCUCUACCCCAUAAGGAGGUCCGCAUCGGUGGCGUAUUCUUGGAGUUCGCGCCCCAUAUAAAGGCCGUACACUUAGACUACUGUUCAAAUCACGCAAAGUUUGUCCACUCGAUUGAGAAAUACAAAAAAGAUAUCUGCGCUCUGUUUAGUAGUCUUAACCCAACCGAUGGUAACGCCGGUAACGUUCAGUUGACAUCGUGUUUGAGCGCCUCAUUCAGACGGAUUGACAAAUAUCCGGCUCUACUCCAAGAGCUACAGAGAUAUACCGAUGAAAGUCAUAUCGAUAGAGGAGAUACACAAAGGGCUGGCUUUGUAUUCAGAGAUCUAUCG